ACAGCCAACACCAGCUCUCGACUAGCCUCGAGAAGCUCAAAAUGGCCCAAGACGACGAGCACAGCGCCGCCCCAAACGGCGCGCACGCACAUCCACAUGAAGAGCACUCCGAGUCCGAGACCCACCCGGACGGUCCGUCCUCUUCCCAGCAUCCCCCGCUGCAGCUCGCAACCCCGCGCCUCCGCGACGGCCUCGGAUUCCGCCCUGCGUCGGGCAUCUCGACGCCCCAGUACUCCUCGAGAGCGGUCGCAGUGGGCAAGGCAAGCAGCCCGCUGCCUGACUCGAACGGGCUCGGCUGGCCAGCGAAGAGCACCCACCUCCGCCUGAACGCGACCGCCGAGGAGCGCGCGGAGCGCGAGAAGAAGCUCUCCUCCGCCGUGCGCACCAUCCUCGAGUGCAUAGGCGAGGAUCCGGACAGGGAGGGGCUGCUCAAGACCCCCGACCGCUAUGCGAAGGCGCUGCUGUGGAUGACGAGGGGGUACGAGGAGCGAUUAGCAGAUAUUAUCAAUGACGCCGUGUUCGAAGAAGACCACGACGAGAUGGUCCUUGUGCGGGACAUCGACAUCUCCAGUCUGUGCGAGCAUCACCUCGUGCCCUUCACGGGCAAGAUCGCGAUUGCCUACAUACCCAACAAGCUCGUCCUAGGCCUGUCGAAGCUCGCGCGGAUCGCAGAAGUUUUCAGCCGGCGGCUGCAAGUGCAGGAGCGACUGACGAAGCAAGUCGCGCUCGCCGUGCAAGAGGCGAUAAAUCCCCGCGGCGUCGCAGUCGUCAUGGAGGCGACACAUAUGUGUAUGACCAUGCGUGGCGUGCAAAAGCCCGGCGCGGUCACAGUCACCUCCUGCAUGCUGGGUUGCUUCCGGACACAGCAGAAGACUCGUGAAGAGUUCCUCACUCUUAUUAGGCGAUAGCGCCACGGUAGUCUAGACUUCCAUACAUACGAAUCUCGGUGCCGUGUGUUCUGCGACGAUUCAACUCGCGGGUCCCUAACAGUUCAACCUUGUAUCACCCCCACCUGUAGCCCUUCCCCGUCGGUCCAACAUCGUACCUACAAUUCAACAUUGCCCCACAUUAUACGGAUCUUCUGCGUAGUGUACAGUCUGUAAUAUCCCGC